UCAACUUCUGAACUGAACAGUUUGAUACAAAUUCAAACAGCUCAACCUAAGUUAACUACUAGACAAACUGCCCCAUUCUGUAUCUGACACAGUUAUCUUUGCAGAAAUGGAAAGGAAUAAACCACUGGUAAACACAAUCUCAGACAACUACAAGAUCCUGAAAGUUCUGGGACAGGGCUGCUUCGGACAAGUCGUCCACUGUUUCAAACAGGACACAAAAGAGCAUGUAGCUGUGAAGGUGUUAAAACUAAGAAAUCAGCAACAUGGAAACCAGAGAGAGCUGCACAUACUGAAAAAGCUCAGAUGUUUGGACCCUGAGAAGAACAACAUUGUCAGAUGCCUUGAAUGGUUCUGCAGGAUCGACCGGACCUUCAUGGUCUUUGAAAUGCUGGACAUGAGCAUCCUGGAUUACAUGCGGCUGACAAACUUUGCUCCUCUUCCCCUACACGGAAUAAGGACCAUCAUCAAAGAUGUGGUGACGGCAUUAACUGCGCUGAAGGGAUUUGGACUGAUCCACACAGACUUGAAAUUGGACAACAUCAUGCUGGUGGACCAUCGGAGACAGCCAUUCAGAGUGAAGCUAAUUGACUUUGGCUUAACUCUUGAGAAACCUGAAGUCCAUCCUGGACUUGGUGUUCAGCCUCUUUGGAACAGGGCUCCUGAAGUCAUUGUGGGCUUCCCAUUCAGUGAGGCCAUCGACAUUUGGUCUCUUGGCACAGUGAUGGCAGAGCUUCUCCUCGGCUUUCCACUUUUCCCGGGGCAAUAUGAGUAUCAGGUGCUGAGUUUCAUCAUCGACCUCCUGGGUGAUCUUCCGAAGAGAAUUCUGGAUGGAGGAUUAAAUACAUCAACGUACUUCAAUGCGAGACACAAGUACUUAGCGUUUUUGUACUGGGAACUCAUGAAGUCAUUUCACUACGAGGCUGUGACGGGACACAAGAUGGUGGAUAGGAGGAAGUACAAGUUUUCCUCUCUGGAUGAUUUGAAAACAUCGAGCCAGCACACAGCAAACAGCGCAGAGGCUGCUGAUAGGAAGGAUUGUGUUGAGCUGUUAAAGGAAAUGCUUAAGAUGGAUCCCAAGAAAAGGAUAACCCCGAGCGAAAUCCUGCAGCAUCCUUUCAUACUGGGGAGCUACCCCAGGCCCACCAGUCUUAGCAGUAGUAUUGCAGCCUGGCAGAACCAAUCAGUCAGCAUGAAAAACACUGCAGAGACCAAGACUAAUGACAUAAAGGAGCAUUUGCUCUCGAACGACAAUAUUUGUUAA